AUGACUUCUACUUCACGCUCAUUUCACGCCAACGAACCAGUGUACUACACUGAGGACAUCACGAUCGUCGACCCGUUAGAGUUCGACCCUGUCUUAUCACAAUAUGUGGAUCUGGUCCGUUUGAAGGGGUUGCCAUCUCCGCGCAAGCCGGGAGUCUGUACUGUCACCAAAGCAGAGUGUAAGGUCGUCGAAGACUCAUCUGAAACCUCUGAAACAACCUGCGCGUUUAUCCUUUCUAUCUCCUCGUUAACACGUUGUACAUUUCGCAUGAAGUCCGCUCCUUUCAAGCAGGAGUUCUGUAUCACGAUACAGACCGCCAGCCGGAAUGUUCUGGUCAACGCCAAAUUAUUGCAACCCGGGGAAGUCCAUCCCCUCACCAACCUAGACUGCAUCGAGCUCUUUGACUCCGAGGGCGACGAACACCGGAGAUUCCAAUUGCGCCUUGCACCCGUAGUCUACGAUCCCGAGCAGAAGGCCACCUAUACCCCCAUUCGUGAGCUUGGCCGCGGAGGGCAGGGGAUGGUCUGGGAGUGUGGCCAUCCGAAAAACCUGGAGCGUGUUGCAGUUAAGGUCAUACGGAGAAGGGUCGCCGAUACGUCCGACAGAUGUGCGCCAGUUGUCGAGGUGUCCAGAGAAGUGGCUAUGCUGAAGAAAGUGUGGGUCGCAUCGGCGGUCCAUAGCUAUCGUAACACCUUCAAGCUUCCCGAAGGAUUCCUGAAAAUGUCUGCUAAAGAACCUUCAAUACCCAUCAUUCCAUUCCGGGGAAGCUGGACGAUCUGGGGAGCAGACUUCAUCGUACUUUCUAUGGCCGCAGGAGAUUUGGAGAAGUGGUGCGAUAAUAUAAAGACCUCUACGAGAUCACCACCCACCGAAAUGCAAACGUGCGCUGUGGCGAUUCAGAUCUUCGAUGCCCUUCGAUAUAUUCAUAAGCAAGGUCUCGUUCACGCGGAUCUCAAGCCCGGCAACAUCUUGGUCAUGGACCGCGAGUUCUAUCCCCGCGUUGUUGUCAGCGACUUCGGUCUUUGUAUGGAGGAACAGGACAUUAAGGUGUUCGUCGAGGGAAAGCAUGGUGCACCAGGUACGCGGAUGUUCGUACCGCCAGAAUCGAUGCUAUCGCCAGCAAAUCCCCAUCCGACUGCUGGCACGCCAAACGAUAUUUGGGCAGCGGGGCUUACACUCCAAUACUUAUUCACCUGCGGAUACUUCCAUCUCCAACCGGACCGCGUCACCCCUCUGGAAGAAUACACCGACGCAUUCUUUGAAAAGCUGUACAUUUACUAUAGGCGCAGUGGGGUCUCCCGGAAUGCGAUCAACGUGCUCGAACGUUGCUUCAGACUCGACCCGACCAAGCGUUUGACCGCCAAGGGCGCAUUUGGGUUGACUUGGUUUCGCGACUUCAGGCCCAUAGAACCGGGAGUUUCAACACAGAAAACGUUGACUGACUCGCCCUCCAGUCUCGUCGAAGCCCCUCUGGACGGCCCGGGAGUUCCCAGGGACAGCGCCCACCUCGGCGCGAAGCGCCCGUUGUCCGAUUCUCACAGCGAGAUCGCUGAAAGUGGGAAGAGUAAGGGGAAGGCGCCGGCGCACAAACGCAGAGACCUACUUGCAGGCUAA